GAAGCGGACGCAUUGAGGCGCAGGAAUUGGCAGACAGCAACGCGUCCAAACAUUGCUCUUUACAGUCGUUUCUACUCCACCUAAUACAGGAACAAGCAGUCGGCCUCCUGUGUAUGAAGACAAGUCAGAGGCAGAUAUGUCUUCAGCUGUGGAUCUCAAGACAAAGGAGGAGAAGGAUGCCGAGUUGGACAGACGCAUCGAAGCUCUGAGGAAGAAGAAUGAAGCUCUGGUCAAGAGGUAUCAGGAAAUAGAAGAAGACAAGAAGAAGGCAGAGCAGGAGGGCAUCGCCGUGACAACACCCCGGAAGCCCCGCCCCCAUGAGCCAGAGACGGACAGGAGAAAGACGGAGAAAGAGAACUUCACUGUCACAGUCGACCUAUCUAAGUUGACGGGGGACAAGAGAGUCGUGAACGACUGGAAACCUGGAACACCCCGCGGCCGGAAGACAUCAGAGGAGAGCGACGGCCACCGAGAAGGCCACAACGAUGGCGGCCACCGAGGGGGUCCCAACGAUGGCGGCCCCGAGGGGGUCCCAACGAUGGCGGCCACCGAGGGGGUCCCAACGAUGGCGGCCACCGGGGGUCCCAACGAUGGCGGCCACCGAGGGGGUCCCAACGAUGGCGGCCCCCGAGGGGGCCCAACGAUGGCGGCCCCCGAGGGAGGCCCAACGAUGGCGGCAACCGUUGGGGGCAGAUUGACAGUCCCCGAGGGGGUCCGAACGAUGGCGGGCACCGAAGGGGGCCCAACAAUGGCGGCAACCCAGGAGGGCCCAACGAUGGCAACCGGAGGAGGAGCAGAAGAAGAAGAAGGAGGAGGAGGAGGAGAAGGGACACCAGGUGGCAAUGACAGGAAAUCCAAGGAAUGGGAGGAGAAGAGGCGACAGAACAUUGAGAAGAUGAAUGAAGAGAUGGAGAAAAUAGCAGAGUAUGAGAGAGGACAGCGGCCGGAUGUAGACAAGCCGAUCCGUAACUUCCUGGACGACCCGAGACGUUCUGGCCCGGCGCCAGACAUAGACCGCAAAGAGGGCAGCAGGAGACAUGUACGAAACUGGGGCGGGCUGGACUUUGAUAACGUGAAGACAAGAGCCGAGCUGGAGAAAGAGUGGACUAGUCGAAGGCCUGGACCAAAAGGCUCUAUGGACAUGACCAUGUCCAUGACCGGCCGGGAGAGAGCAGAGUACGUGCGCUGGAAGAAGGAGCGUGAGCAGAUUGACGAGGAGAGACUCGCACGCCAUCGUAACGCCACGGGCCAAUGGAGACGAGAGUGGGAUGCACAGAAGACGGAGAACAUGUUCAAGGAGGACCCAUAUGUGGCUUCAGAGGGCAACACACCCGAGCAAGGAAACAGGAGAGACGACAGUAAGCGGCCUCCAAAAGUGCCGACAUUUGGUGAAUUCCUGUCCCAGGGCAGGAGCCCGGGCCAGCGAGGAGACCGGGGCGACCGGGGCAGAGGGAGGGGCCGGGGACAGAAACCGAGCUACAGCAUGCAUGACAACCGCUGGGAAGGAGACAAGGAAGAGGAGGAGAAGGAGGACAAGAUGAAGAGAGAGAAAAAGAAGGAGAAAGACGAAGAAAAAUCUAAACCUCCCGCAGCACAGAAGGCGGAGCCAAAGCACGGAGAUGGAGAAGAUGACGACGAAGAAGAAUGGGAGGAUGCCAGCGACGGAGAAGACGACGAAGGGAGCGACUUGGAACAUGACUCCAGGGGCGACGAGAAGAAAGACACCGGGAAAGAGAAGCGAGCCAAGAGCAAAGACAACUCCCCUACAUCUCCCCCACCUCGUUCUCGACCAACGUCAGCAGGAAGCCCCAAAGAUCAGAGGCCUCCCAGGCCGAAGGUCCACAUCCCGCCACCGGCAGCGGUUCAGGAGUCACCAGAGGGAGGCAAGCCCCUCAGCCCCUUCUUCCCUCUGGAGAGCCACCAGCCUGUAUCAGACUGGGGGGAGGAGAUGGAGAUGCUGUCACCCCGCAGCAGCAUGGGAGGCGAGAGCCCACUGAAGCCCCCCAGCGUGGAGUCCAGCCCACCCCAGAAGAAGGAGCAGGAGGAGACUGAGGAGACUGAGGAGACGAUGGAGAGCCAAGUUGUUAGCGGCAAUGAACCUGCUGAGCCACAGAAAGAGGAGGAUACGGCCAUAGACGACGACUCUUCACCAAAGACUAAAGCCCAGCAGACUGUGAUAGUGUCAGAACCAGAGUCCCUCCCCACAGACUCCCCCGCUGCUCCUCCAUCUGACCCCGCCCCCUCUGAGGUUUCUUGCCCCGCCCCCUCUGAGGUCAACGAGGCUGCUGUGGCAGUGGACCAGGAUACACCUGCUGCUCCAUCACAAGAGGACGAGCUGGACGCCCCUCCCUCUCCAGCUGCCCUGGAGGUUGACGAUGAAUCCUCUGAACCGGCAGGAGGGAAGGAUGAUGACACGACGGCUGCUGGGGCCGACACUGCUCAGACAGCAGAGGAAAAUGAGUCCUCAGAGCCGACGUCCUCAGAGGAGCUGAAUGGGCAGAGUGCUGUUACUAAUGCUGCUAGAGUCACAGUAAGGACUCUUCCCCUGGGCUGCUCGCUCCAAAAAUGCUGA